GAUCCAAGCGCCAACACCGCCGCAGAGAGGUUCCCGGCACCCGGCACCCAGUGCAGACAGCCCUGGGGACCCGGGGCGGCUCGGCAGCCGGGCUCCUUAGGCCGGGGCGCUGGCUGCUGCGCCAGGCGCUCCUAGGCACCCGGGACCGGGCCAGCGCCCCCUGCGUCCCCACGCGGGCAGCGGCCCCGCCGGAGGAGAAAGCCGGGUCGCCGCCGCCGCCGCCUCAGUCUCCUGGUCUCCGUCGCCGCCCACUCUGUCUCCUCUUAGGGAAAGGGGGGACACAGUGGGCGUCGCGGGGCCCUGGCGGAUGCGCCCCUCGCUGCUUCUCGGGCUGCGCCGCCUCGCGGGGAUGAAGCACCGGCCGUGAAGAUGGAGGUGACCUGCCUUCUACUUCUGGCGCUGAUCCCCUUCCACUGCCGGGGACAAGGAGUCUACGCUCCAGCCCAGGCCCAGAUCGUGCAUGCAGGCCAGGCAUGUGUGGUGAAAGAGGACAACAUCAGUGAGCGUGUCUACACCAUCCGGGAGGGGGACACCCUUGUACUGCAGUGCCUUGUCACCGGGCACCCUCGACCCCAGGUGCGCUGGACCAAGACCGCGGGCAGCGCGUCCGACAAGUUCCAGGAGACGUCGGUGUUCAACGAGACGCUGCGCAUCGAGCGCAUCGCGCGCACGCAGGGCGGCCGCUACUACUGCAAGGCGGAGAACGGCGUGGGCGUGCCGGCCAUCAAGUCCAUCCGCGUGGACGUGCAGUACCUGGAUGAGCCAGUGCUGACGGUGCACCAGACAGUGAGCGAUGUGCGAGGCAACUUCUAUCAGGAGAAGACGGUCUUCCUGCGCUGUACUGUCAACUCCAACCCACCUGCUCGCUUCAUCUGGAAGCGGGGCACUGACACCCUGUCCCACAGCCAGGACAAUGGCGUUGACAUCUAUGAGCCCCUCUACACCCAGGGGGAGACCAAGGUCCUGAAGCUGAAGAACCUGCGGCCCCAGGACUAUGCCAGCUACACCUGCCAGGUGUCUGUACGUAACGUGUGCGGCAUCCCAGACAAGGCCAUCACCUUCCGGCUCACCAACACCACGGCACCACCGGCCCUGAAGCUGUCUGUGAACGAAACUCUAGUGGUGAACCCUGGGGAGAAUGUGACGGUGCAGUGUCUGCUGACAGGUGGUGAUCCCCUACCUCAGCUGCAGUGGUCUCAUGGGCCUGGCCCACUGCCCCUGGGAGCUCUGGCCCAGGGUGGCAUCCUCAGCAUCCCUUCAGUGCAGGCCCGGGACUCUGGCUACUACAACUGCACAGCCAUCAACAAUGUGGGCAACCCUGCCAAGAAGACCGUCAACCUGCUGGUGCGAUCCAUGAAGAACGCCACGUUCCAGAUCACCCCUGACGUGAUCAAAGAGAGCGAGAACAUACAGCUGGGCCAGGACCUGAAGCUGUCAUGCCAUGUGGACGCAGUACCCCAGGAGAAGGUUACUUACCAGUGGUUCAAGAAUGGCAAGCCAGCACGCAUGUCCAAGCGGCUCCUGGUGACCCGCAAUGACCCUGAGUUGCCCGCUGUCACCAGCAGCUUAGAGCUCAUUGACCUGCACUUCAGCGACUAUGGCACCUACCUGUGCAUGGCCUCCUUCCCAGGGGCACCCGUGCCCGAUCUCAGCGUUGAGGUCAACAUCUCCUCUGAGACAGUGCCUCCCACCAUCAGCGUGCCCAAGGGCAGGGCCGUGGUGACUGUGCGUGAGGGCUCGCCAGCCGAACUGCAGUGCGAGGUGCGGGGCAAGCCGCGGCCGCCCGUGCUCUGGUCCCGCGUGGACAAGGAAGCUGCACUGCUGCCCUCGGGGCUGCCCCUGGAGGAGACUCCGGACGGGAAGCUGCGGCUGGAGCGCGUGAGCCGCGACAUGAGUGGGACCUACCGCUGCCAGACGGCUCGCUAUAAUGGCUUCAACGUGCGCCCUCGGGAGGCCCAGGUGCAGCUGAACGUGCAGUUCCCGCCGGAGGUGGACCCUAGCUCCCAGGACGUGCGCCAGGCGCUGGGCCGGCCAGUGCUCUUGCGCUGCUCGCUGCUGCGAGGCAGCCCCCAACGCAUCGCGUCGGCCGUGUGGCGUUUCAAAGGGCAGCUGCUGCCGCCGCCACCUGUUGUCCCCGCCGCCGCUGAGGCCCCCGACCAGGCCGAGCUGCGCCUCGACGCCCUAACCCGCGACAGCAGCGGCAGCUACGAGUGCAGCGUCUCCAACGACGUGGGCUCGGCUGCCUGCCUCUUCCAGGUCUCGGCCAAAGCCUACAGCCCGGAGUUUUACUUCGACACCCCCAACCCCACCCGCAGCCACAAGCUGUCCAAGAACUACUCCUAUGUGCUGCAGUGGACGCAGAGGGAGCCUGACGCUGUCGACCCUGUGCUCAACUACAGACUCAGUGUCCGGCAGUUGAAUCAACACAACGCCAUGGUCAAGGCCAUCCCCGUACGGCGUGUGGAGAAGGGGCAGCUGCUGGAGUACAUCCUGACUGAUCUCCGUGUGCCUCACAGCUAUGAGGUCCACCUCACACCCUAUACCACCUUCGGGGCUGGUGACAUGGCCUCCCGCAUCAUCUACUACACAGAGCAUAACACCUGUCACUUUGAGGAUGAGAAGAUCUGUGGCUACACCCAGGACCUGACAGACAACUUUGACUGGACACGGCAAAACGCCCUCACCCAGAACCCCAAGCGCUCCCCCAACACUGGUCCCCCCACCGACAUCAGUGGCUCCCCUGAGGGCUACUACAUGUUCAUUGAGACAUCAAGGCCCCGGGAGCUGGGGGACCGUGCGAGGUUGGUGAGUCCCCUCUACAAUGCCAGCGCCAAGUUCUACUGUGUCUCCUUCUUCUACCACAUGUACGGGAAGCACAUCGGAUCUCUCAACCUCCUAGUGCGGUCCCGGAACAAAGGGGCUCUGGACACGCACGCCUGGUCCCUCAGUGGCAAUAAGGGCAAUGUGUGGCAGCAGGCCCAUGUGCCCAUUAACCCCAGUGGGCCCUUCCAGAUUAUUUUUGAGGGGGUUCGAGGUUCGGGCUACUUGGGGGAUAUUGCCAUAGACGACGUCACACUGAAGAAGGGAGAGUGUCCUCGGAAGCAGAUGGAUCCCAAUAAAGUGGUGGUGAUGCCGGGAAGUGGAGCCCCCCACCAGUCCAGCCCACAGGUCUGGGGGCCCAUGGCCAUCUUCCUCUUGGCGUUGCAGAGAUGAUGAGAGCUGCGUGGCCCCCCCACCCCGCCCCGGCACACCAAAGUGUCCACAUCGUACCAAAGACUGACCCCCGCCAGCCGGGGUGCCCAGGGGCAGAGCCAGCCCGCCAGGGAGGGGGCCUGCAGUGGCUGCGGGAUGAGCAGAAAACAAGGACAGAGGCCCAGCACCGAGGCCCUGAAGAUGAUUAUUUGACACACGCACACACGCACGCACACACUCACACACACAGAAAUAUAUUAAAGCACAAGUUUCUAUCCG